AUGGCUGCCGGCGUCGUGGUGAACGUCCACAAUAACGACGAUGACGUCCCUACUGAGGGCUCGCGCACCUACGCUAUCAUCGUGUGCGUCUUCGCCACUCUGGGUGGCCUCUUCUUCGGCUACGAUCAGGGUGUGACCUCGGGCGUUCUCAUCAUGGACUCCUUCAUCUACGACUACUGCGUCGGCUGGCACAACUUCACGUAUGAUCAAUGCGUUGCCUCGGCCUCGGACCUGCCGGCUGAAUGGACGGACUUCACCGUGUGGUACAACAUGGCGUACAACCUGGGCUGUCUUGGCGGAGCCUUUGUGGGUGGUAUUGUGGCUGACAAGCUAGGUCGGCGCUGGACCAUCUUCACGGCCGGUCUACUUUUCUGCAUUGGUACAUCGUGGGUGUGUUUCAACAAGGCACAGGAGCACGGUCUCAUGUACAUUGCCCGUGUGAUUCAGGGCUUCGGUGUGGGAGCUGCGUGGCCUCCUUUUCCGGCUUCAUGCAGAUGA